AUGACUAACGAUGAUUUAGCUGUCGUUGGUAUAGCGUGUCGUUUUCCUGGUGGAAGUAAUUCAACGGAUGAAUUUUGGUUAAAUUUAAUUAACAAACGUGACUGCGUGCGUCCUAUUCCAAGCGAUCGUUGGAAUGCAGAUUAUUUUACAGAUAAUCAAUCAAAUGAAAUACAUUCUCCUGGUAAGAUUACUUCGUCACGAUGUGGUUGGAUCGAUUUCGUUGGAGAAUUUGAUUAUGAAUCAUUCUCGAUUGGUAAACGUGAAGCUGAAAACAUGGAUCCACNAUAA